AUGCUCACCAAUGCAGAAGGAUCUCCUGUAUCCGUCACAACUUUCUCAACAGCUUCCUCAUCUGCCGACUCCACGAUGGCUGCCAGCAAUAGCCAGAAUCCCAACCACCAGCCGAACCAGUUCACGACGGACGAGUAUGUUCUUGCAUACCACGGGCCCCUCCUGUACGAAGCUCGUAUCCUCCUCGCCGAGAACUGGAACGAGUCAAACACGCUUCUGGGGACGACUGGCCCCCAUUACUUCAUUCACUACAAGGGAUGGAAACAGACUUGGGAUGAAUGGGUACCCGAGAUGCGGUUGCUCAAGUUGAACGAGGCUGGCUUUGCUAAGCGUCGUGCGCUCCUGGAGGCGCAGACUAAGAAGAAUCGACCGGUGGCGGCAGCGGCUGCCGAAGCGCUGGCACCUCUCGGCAAGGGCAAGGACGCAAAGGGGAAGAAGGGAGAGAGCAGCAGGAAGCGUACGCGCGACGCUGGGUUGGACACGCGUCCCGAGGUGAAGAUCGUCAUUCCUCAGGUGCUCAAGCUUCAGCUUGUCGAUGAUUGGGAGAACGUUACAAAGAACAACCAGUUGGUCACUCUUCCUCGCAAACCGAACGUUCGCAACCUACUCGAUGAGUACAGGGCACGAUCAACUGCUCUUCUGGACGAGAUCAUUGCCGGCAUAAAUCUCUACUUCGACAAGGCUCUGGGUAACAAUUUGCUGUACCGCUUCGAACGUGCGCAGUAUGUUGAGCAAAAGAGGUCAGCCGGGGACCGACCCAUGAGCGAGAUCUACGGUGCCGAGCACCUGUUGCGCCUGUUCGUCAACUUUGGACCCUUCAUCGCCUAUACCAACAUUGACACCGAGUCUCUCAACAUUCUGCGCGAGUACAUCAACGACAUUAUGAAGUAG